AUGCCAGAAUACACCAAAAUGAAGAACGCCGAACUGGAGGCCCUCCUCAAGGAGCGUGGCCUGCCUCAUACCGGAAAGAAGGCCGAAAUGGUCGAGCGCUUGCAAAAGGACGAUGACGACAAGACCAACUCGAAGCCUGCUGCUAGCAACGAGGAUGAGAUUGACUGGGACGAUGAGGUUGACGAAGAUGAUGCUGCUGCCGCUCCGGUCGCCGCAGACGCGCUUAAAGAAGGGGUAGUCACCACCAACGAAGAGACCAUCGCCAACGCUGGGGGUGAAGGUCAGCCGACAAACCCGCAAGCCGUUCCCAACCAAGUCGCCGACAUUGACCCUGCAGCCACGGAUGAUCUCUCUGUUCAACCACCUGCAGAAGGCGCAGCUGAGGCCACCACUGAAACCAAGCCAGAAGAGUCCAAAGAGCCUGUCCCCGACUAUUCGAGAGGGCUCGCGGCCACCAACCUUGACGAGGAGAUUGAGAAGCGCAAGAAGCGGGCCCUCAAAUUCGGCACCAAGAUCGAAAACGACGAAGGUCUCAAGAAGCUCGAGCGCGCCAAGAAGUUUGGUGAGGUUGGUCCCCCUCAAGGCCUCGAUGAAGCUCUCCCAGAGCGCAACCGCAAGCGAGGCCGUGAGGGUGGUGACCAAGCUGGCGGCAACAAGCGUCGUGACGGAGUUGGUCGUGACCAAGAUGGUCGAGGCGGCGGCCGUGGAGGACGGGGUGGACGCGACCGUCGUGACAACAGGGACCGCAAGGGCCGUGACAACCGCAGGAAUGAGAACACGUCUGGCGGGGGUCAAGGCACAAGCUGGAUGAGCGAGAAGGAUCGGGCAGCUGCAGAGGCACGGAGAGCCAAGUUCGCAAAGCCAGCUGCUUGA